AUGUUUUCGUAUUCCGGCCAUGGGUUUUAUGUUGCUUGUGCCCUAGGUUUACUAUCGCUUGCGUCCAUUGGUUAUCUGGCUCUUGCUGCCAUUGGUACUCGGUGCAACCCUGCCACUGGUUCUGUGGCUCUUCUUGCGGUUGGUUUUCAGUCCCUUGCGUCCAUUGGUUUUGUGGCUCUUAAUGCCAUUGAUGUUCGGUAUGUUGUGUCCAUUGGUUGUCUGACUGCUGUUGCCAUUGAUGUUCGGUCUGUUGUGUCCAUUGGUUGUCUGACUGCUGCUGCCAUUGUUGUUCGGUAUGUUGCGUCCAUUGGUUCUCUGGCUCAUGCUGCCAUUGGUUUUCGGCCGCUUGCGUCGGUUCCUCUUUUGUCGCUUUUGUCCCACUUUCUAACGCCCAGCAAAUGCUAG